CUAUUUAACAGCGUGAAAUUAAUCAUCAACAAUUUUAACGUGCAUGGUUUUUGGUGAAUUCAAAUUAUUCAAAAUUAGUUGUAAUGUAUUCUCUACUCGAAAGAUGUGCUGAGCGAAAUAAUCUCAUGAAACGUGUCAAUCAAUUCAAUUCCGUUUUACAUUGAACAGUUUGGCCAUUUAUGCAAUAUACUUCGAACAAAAAUGAAAGUAUACACAGCAUUAUAUGGAAAAUGGUUUGCUAUACCGUGCGAUGGCCAGGAAAGGCGUGUGAAAUGGCUGAUAUCUGAAACAACACAACGAGCAAAGUUAUAUUUUCCAGAAAGACAAUUACAUCAAGAAUCGAUCAUCACUUCAGCCGAUGGCCUUGUGAUUUAUGGAGAGGAAGAUUACAUAACACAGGUACUGCAGGAUGGACAAUAUUUGAUCAUAGGUGAAAAAGGUACAGAGGUAACUCUACCUUCACUUAUGCCCAACAUCAAGAAGAACAGCAUCAACAGCAACGAAAAGGAUGACAAAGAGAUAAUUACAUUAGACGGCGAAAGUUUGACAACCGAAGUUUUAUAUAAACUUUCAACCGGAAAAUGUAAUAUUCAGAUUGGGGAGGUUGCAAUAAAGAAGAUUCAAGAAUCCCGUGAUGUUGUGGAAGAGAUGGUCCGUGAAAAACGAGUUGUCUACGGGAUAUCAACAGGAUUCGGAGCAUUUGCUCGCAAUGUUAUUGAUAGCGACCUCUUGGAUCAACUGCAAGUUAAUUUAAUAAUGUCACAUUCGGCGGGAGUUGGGGAACAUCUACCUCCUUCUCGCGUUCGAAUGCUGCUUGCUCUCCGAGUUAACGUGCUAUGCAAAGGUUUCAGCGGUAUAUCAAUGAAGAAUCUUAAUGUAUUGGUGAAUGCAUAUAACAAAUCAUGCUUACCAUACGUUCCCGAAAAAGGGACAUUGUCAGCAAGUGGCGAUUUAGCACCAUUGGCGCACAUUGCUCUCGGACUUAUGGGAAAAGGACAAAUGUGGUCUCCCGAAUCUGGAUGGUCUACUGCAGAAUUUGUAUUAAAAUCUCAUGACAUUGAUCCAUUGGAACUUAGGUCAAAAGAAGGAUUGGCACUUAUCAACGGCACGCAAUUUGUUUCAUCGCUGGGUUCCGAGGCUGUUGAACGGGCAAAACUUAUCGCUCUUCAAGCUGACGUGAUAGCUGCAUUGACAGUUGAAGCCCUGAAGGGAACUUCAAAAGCUUUUGACAAACGAAUCCACGACGCCAGGCCUCAUAAGGGCCAACAGGAUGUAGCAAAGAGAAUGCGGAUUUUGCUGCAAUACAAAGGGAAUGAAUCAGAAAUUACAAGAAGUCACACGACUUGCAAACGCGUGCAAGAUUCUUACACUUUGAGGUGUUGUCCACAAGUACAUGGAAUCGCGCACGACACCAUUGAGUAUGUCAAAAACAUACUGAAUACGGAAUUAAACAGUGCUACUGAUAAUCCGAUGAUCAUGACGGAUCAAAGGGAGACCAUAUCUGGCGGAAACUUUCAUGGAGAAUAUCCUGCCAAAGCUCUUGACUAUCUUGCCAUCGGAAUUCAUGAAAUUGGGGCGAUAAGCGAACGACGCAUUGAAAGGCUAUGUAAUGACUCUCUUAGCGAACUUCCUGCUUUUCUGGUUAAGAACGGUGGUCUGAAUUCUGGAUUCAUGAUUGCUCACUGCACUGCAGCUGCGCUUGUUUCUGAAAAUAAGUGUCUAUGUCAUCCCUCUUCUGUCGACUCUCUGUCCACGAGCGCGGCACAGGAGGAUCACGUUGCCAUGGGCGGAUGGGCUGCGCGAAAGGCAAUCAGAGUAGUUGAGCACGUCGAGAAUGUGGUAGCAAUUGAAAUGUUGUGUGCUUGCCAAGCUAUUGAUUUCCAUCGACCUCUGCACACCACGGACGUAUUGGAAGAAGUGCACAAAGUUGUUCGGAAAGUGAUACCACAUUACGAUCGAGAUAGAAUUAUGUCGACUGAUAUUGAGGCUGCGCAAACUCUUCUAAAAGAUGGAGUAAUUUGGAAUACGGUUCUGCCGUAUUUGCAGAAAGAAAACCAAACACCAACUUAGCGUUGUUGGGGAAGUCGAUAAACUGAAUUUUGAAUUUCAAUGUUUGUCCGGUGUCAGUUGCUGGCUUGUGGAAGGAUUUGCUUAAAAACUCUAAAAUUAUCGAUAACUUUAGCGCAGUGCCUAAUACAAAAGGGUGUACGAGUUGUUGUUGACAUUCACCAUCAGACAAUUACUAUUGGAAAUUUAAUAGGGUGGUAUAAGACUCAUUUCAAAAAAAAUGUUGUUAUUUCACUAAAAUGAUUACAAAAUGGUGUUGCUAAGUCAUCCAAAUAGAAAUAUCUCAAUAUCAACAUUAAACGCACACAGUUUAGAGCCGUCGAAAUGAUGUUUCCGGCGAGGAGAACUCCCCAAACAUUAAAUUGCUUAGUAGUGAGGUUUAGAAACCAAAUCAAAUUUUUUGUGUGGUAAAUUUGUGGCGUGUGUAAAUUGCUGAUAAUGUGCUUUCGGUGUGUAAUUGAAUAAUAUCACAUACUUUUUAUAACCCUA